AUGGCCGAUAAAUGGGUUGGCAAGUCGGUGUCGAUACACUGUCGCAAUGAUAUUGGCGUGUUUCAAGGCAUAAUUAAACGGGUCACCCCAUCUGUGGUGGUCAUUACGAAAGCGGUCCGGAAUGGUAUACCCCUAAAGAAGAACAACGUGGAGGUGACCCUGUGUGCGGCGGAUAUUGCCAAGUUAGAUCUUAUCUCAUGCAGCAACGUGCCGAGCAUUCCUUCGAAACCGGUGGCCACUGUGGUAGCCAAUUCGGGCAUGGUAACCUCACUGGACGAUCAGUAUGAUGGGCUGAAGCUGAUGAACAACGGCAAGCAGCACCAGUCGCAACAGUUUCAAAAUGUCACCGGCAGUGCAUUCAAACUGGCCAGUAAAACUUCCGCUCAAAACAAGUACGCUAAUAACAACCUGAAUAACACGCAGGGUUCCAACAAGAGCACCAGCAAUCCCAUCGACAUCAACGGUCCUGCAUCGAAAUCAGCCCACCUGACAGCGGCGUCGGUUUUGUCCACGGGAUUUGUUGGCACAUUCGGUAAUGGACGUCCAGUUCCUACGAGCCAAUCGCUACCGUACUCCGAUGGCAGCGCGAAGAAGCCUGGCAAUGGCAAUGGGAAGAUGUCGCGCAGUCGCAAGAAUCUGGCCAAGGACAGCACUUUCGGAUCGCCAGACGACGAUCCGCUGAUGAUGGAUGUGGAGUUCGAUUUCGAAAAGAAUCUAGCCUUGUUCGACAAGCAAGCGAUCUGGAACGAAAUCGAUGCCAACCAAACGAAAGCUUCCGAGAGUGAUCGUAAGCAACGAAAUGCUGCAAAUUCAGCAGCUAAAACGAAGUACCGCCACGAUGAGAAUGUACUCGUGUCGAUACCAGCUCAAUACAGGCAGAUUGAGAUCAAGAGUACGGGAUCGGAUGCAACCCGCGAUAGUCAGGAUUAUGUUACGGACGAAGGUCUGGUGAUACCGUCCGUACCGGCUGCAUUACGCCAUACGGUAGAGGAGUAUGCUGUAAGCAUGGGGUUGUCGCGUGAACGGCAACACGAUUUCCUAGCCCGUGGUGCUACUGAACUGGCACUUCAGCUACUAGGUGGUUCGAGACGUCUGACGCCCAACAAUCAGCAUCAGUGGCCCAAGAUCGUGGUCGUGUGUGAGGGUACAUUGGACGAGGUCGGUAUAUCAACGGCCAGACAGCUUGCCAGCCACGGCCUCGAGACGGUCGUCUAUUUGUCUUCAUUAACGGAAGCAACGCAAAAUAGCUCGGAGGUACCAUUAUAUAUGGCAACGGGCAACAAAAUAUCGGUUGAUGUUCACACUUUACCUCCGUGCGACCUCGUGAUUGCUUCGGUGCAGAAUUCAAAGCUUACAGAUCAGAUGCGUAAAUGGAUCGGCUACAGUCGGGCGCCAGUACUAGCGAUCGAUCCCCCGGGUGUCGGACUCGAGGGUGUGGCAAUCAAAUGUUCCAUACUACCUAUUUUACCGCUGGACGGAAUCGACCAGAAUGAUGCUUGUGGACGUUUGUACCUGUGCAACAUUGGAAUACCAAAUCAAAUCUUCCACCGUGCUGGCAUCAAAUAUAAAAGCCCGUUCGACAAGUUUGUCAUACCGAUCCACCGAAGAAAGGACGAAUAA